AUGUUCCAAACAUCCAUAUGUCGAACGGUGCCGAGAACAGACCCUAUUUUGUGCUGGUCCUACAAGGACGAAAUGGAAGAGAGGCUCGACUUGCGCGCGGAAACGUUGGAGAACAUGCUUGACGCGUUAUUAGUUGUGCCUCUACAGAAAUUGGAUGAAAACACGAAUCUCAAAAAGGCCAUGAUUGAUGUGCGUGUGACCACGAUUGGGAUGGUGAGGAGUAUAUUAGGCUUGGUUACGUACCAAGAUGCAACAGAGUCAGAACGUCGUGGUAACAUGCUUCACAGGAAGAAAAGGAAAAGGAAAAACUAA